CUUCCGUAGCAGAUCCCCCUUUUGCUGUAUACCUGACCUAAAUGUAUAUGUACUCUUUCCUGGCGGACUGCAUUACGUAACCGGACAGUACCAUGAACUUGCGGUUUGCUGCAGCGGUCAUCACGUCGCGCAAACCUCCAUAGCGUGUGCCACGGCACGCCAACGACGCGAAAGAGAAUCGCGAAUCAACCACCGUUCUGACCCGAAAAACUGCCCAUCUUCAACACACCUCGGCAUCACCAAACUGCGCAACCGGCCGCCAUUCACCACAAUACAAUUAAUUCAAAGAGUCAAAGGGUGCCGUGAUUACUUCCUGCGCCCGGACCUGCUUUGGUGUGCGUUCGACGACAAAUCGACGACAAAUCAAGGACGCCCUCGUGCUCGGUCAGCUCGAGCUCCCAGCAGCAGCUCCGUGGCUGGCACUAUUGUGUCCACCAUAACCAGUAUCACCGGUAGCCAGUAACCAUGCCGCCGCCCGUCCCCUCGGAGUCGGAGUCGGAGUCGGAUUACGAGUCUCACGACUCGAAUCACUUGACGCCCGCCAACCGGGUUGAGAACCUUCCAGCACAGCCUCCCGCAGCCGUGGCCGGAGCGGGGGCCAGCGAAGGCUCUGACGGGGGCUCUGACGAGUCUGAUGACUCGGACGCAUCCAUGUCCGAUGCUGCAGCCGCCAUCUCCGCCUCCAGGGUCCCACGGCUGGGCUCUGCUCAACGGCCUGGGAACCAUGUGACAGGCAAACUCGUCAACAGGGCGAAACGGAAGGCCGAGUCUGACAGCGGCACCAGCCUGGGUCGCGCAGCCAAAACACGCCGCCGGACCGGACCGAGUGAGUCUCAAACGCCCCCGUCUAGCGACAGCGACAGCGACGACGACGACAUCCCCAACAUCAAGGCCGAGCCCGCCCGGCCUCUCGUGGUCGCCGACGAGGUUAAAACAAACGGAUCCACAACCAAGGCCGCUUUACACCCUUCCUUUCCCAGGACCGUCCGUUCGUUCAUCCGGGAGCUGUUCCCUCAUCUAGAACCGUCGAAAUAUAGCGCCCAAUACAUGACCCUUUCCAACCUUCCGGUCAAGCGGAUUCCCGCCCCCGCGCCCAGCUUCACCGACCACAAGCCGCAGAACGCCUUGUCUCUCGCCAUGCAAGCCGCAGGAGACCUGGUCCCCGAGCACGAACGGUGCGCCAAAUGCGCCAGAGGUUCCGGCAUCUACAGCGGCGUUUGCGUCGUGGUUCGCGAUCCCGCCGUGCUGAAGUGGACCGGCGGCAGCUGCGCCAACUGCUACUACAACCGCCAUGGAUGCCUAUGUACCUUGCGGCGGCAGACGACGUCUGCCGUCACCACCCAGGAUGUGGACAGCCCCACGUCAGAGCAGCCCGCCGCGAAGCAAACGCCCGUCCCCGUUCCUCAGAUCCCUGCUUCCGCGCCGGCUCCCCUCCACCCUAGCUACGUCGCCAGCCUUGCUUCGGCAGCGGUCUCCGCCACGCCAGCCAACAGCAAAACCACAUCCGUCGCCCAGCGCUCGCACGACGAGAACUUGCGCAACUGGGAGGCCCGGUACGACAGCAUGAGCGUGGACGAGCUGAUGACCGCGCAGGCGCAGCUGCUUGAGUGGCAGCAGAAUCUGACGGUGCGGCUGGUGGCCAUGAACCAUGCCGUGCUGAAGAGGCUGAAAGCGAGGAAGAGGAAGCCGUCGUAGGGGUGGGUGGCAGUUGAUGAUGGCAAUCAAAAUACCUACCUAAGCUACUACACUAAAUAGGUAGCUGGCUCGCUCGCGCUGAGCCCCGAAGUUGAAAAUGGCUACGUGAAUAACCAAGAAAAGAAAAGUACCCCAUUAGAUC